AUGAAAGCCCUGGACCAUUAUGUCCCUGGUGAAGAUGAGGGGGAAAAGGCAGGAGGAGCAAAUCAAGAAUCGUCCAUAAAGCUGGAAACGAAUCACCCGAUGGUCAAACAAGAGAAAACCAAACUUCUUCCUUCAAAGCCUGAUGUUUCUCCCGUCUUCCCAGCGAACGGUGUACUAGUCAAAGAAUCCUUUCAGUCAGCAGAGGAUUCGAUCGGCGGAGGGCUUAAGAAAGAUUCUACUUUUCGAAACGACGAUGUUUCGCUUCGUUCUGUUCCAGAUACCUGUUUUUCGCGCAUUCCUUCUUUAUCACUCCUCGAUAGCAUAAGCUGCUUUCCAGGACAUGAGGAGAGUUUCUCUGCAUUCCCUCCUGCCUGGCAAGAGCCUUCUGCAGCCUGGCCCUUUAGCCACGCAGACUCCCCAGGAAUUCAAAACAGUGACUGGCUGACACAGCUGAAUCUGACAAUUUUAGACAAUGGUGGGGUCACAACAGGCAUGGCAUCCUCUUCGCUCCAAGACUUGUCCGACAUUCAGAAUAGCAGUGUGCUCGAUUCUUCCAUGUCCUUCCUCGACCUUCUGCGGUUCUACUUUGACAACUACGGAGAUCCUUCAGACUACACGCGAGCCAAUCUAAUAUCCUCUUUGUUUCCUGCGCGGUUCCUUCACUGCAGGAGAAGCAAUUGCUGGAGCGCGCUGCGCAGAUUCAAGUGAAGGCGGGGAAGUGCGAUGUCCUGUUCAAGAUGCUCGAUUCGUUCAACCAGAACUCGAUCCAUGUGACGGUGACGUGGAAGCUCAUGCAUAACGUGGGAAG